UAGGCCCCGGGUUGAUAAGUAAAACUUAUUCUGUAUUUCCAUUCUACGAUUAUACUUGGUCGUAGUUUGGUGUUGUGUUUUAGCGAGUCGCCUAUAAUGCAAAAGGAUAAAUAUGUCGGUUUGUGGGAAACGAAGUGCAGGAGUCACUAAUGUGGGGACUAGCUCAAUGGUCAUGCAACUAGUCCCCCUCCUAACUCGAUCCGCUUACUCAAUGUCACCUCGAUCAGGUUCACGAACUAGGGAUAGUGUCUAUUCACUUUCAAUAUGUUGCACCUAUUUUCACACUAGUUUGAUAUGUCAAUGGUCACACACAUAUCACCCUAGCAUUACCCUAGGUGGGCAUUCCAACUGGCAGGGGAUGGUCAUAUCGACCACCAAUUGGGACCCUAGAUCAUUCAUCUAUAGUAACAUGCCAAACUGCUCAAAUCGACAACUAUCUCAUGCAAACCCUAACUAGUGAUCAAUCAUGAAAAGCAUACGAAGAGACAGGUUCAAAGCAUAAUCAACAUAAGUAAAUGCAUAUAAACACUAGGUAAACUCAUUUCAGGAGGACAUGCAAGUUCGUGGUUGAGGGCUAGGAGAUCGCAGGCAUGAACUUCGGAUGUGAAAUGGCAAUCUUGAAACACACCAUUUUUGCUCUAGCAGGCUUGGGAGUUCGCGGCCUGACUUCACAAUCGCGAUCUGUAAGUCUCAGUCGAGAUCUUUCUCGCAGUCUUGGAUAACUAAGGCUGCGAGUGGACUAUCGAAACUCUAUGUCCAUUCCUUGGUGACUGCUUCAUCAAAUUCACGGCUGACACUCCCAGAUCACAUACGCGAUCUUUUGUCCAGUGGUCGGGAUCACUUUAUGCCUCUUCUUCUCGGUCGUGAUCUCCUUGUUUUGCUCAUUUUCCUAAAAUUGUGACCUCUUUUGUGCCUAAAAUGCAAGUAUCAUCUAAUACACCCUAAAAUUACAUAUAUUACUUCUAGAAACAGAUUCGGGAUGCAUUGAUGAAAUAUUAACCAUUGUGACCAUAUAACGACCUGAAAAGACCUAAAAUAUAGAGGCUAAAUAACACCAUUUUGGGUGUUAUCAACCGUACUACCAAGGUUGUCAACCCACUAGUCGACCCACUACAAGGUUACCGGGUUGGAGGUUACACGACAUCGUUUUUCUUUGCGCUGCGAAAUGAUGCCGCUCUUUUCGGUUUUCCUUUUCGCCUAGCUCUAUUUUGGAAUUAUAAGUUGAACAUCUGAAUAUUGAUGUUUUAUAAGUGUGUGUGAAUUCUAACUAUAUGUUGGAUCCAAGUACGAUCCAUUAUUUUGGUGUAAUGUUAUAUGUUAUUGAUUUGAUAUAAUUGGUAAAUGUAUGAACAAUAUGUAGACUUUUUUUAUAUAUUAGUACAAAACCAAUUUAAAAAGGUCGAACUAUUAACUCUCAACCCGCUUUCUCAAGCGAGUAUAGAUAAGUCGAACUACCUUGGGUACUACUUUGAAUUUAACCUUGUGUUUCGUACGUAAAUAAGACGAAAAGGAGGCUGUGUGGGGCAAUUGCUGAAUUGACUCGUCAUCAAAGCGGAUGUCAACGUAAAUCAAAGGCUACAAUCAAAUCACAGAUUAACCCCAUCUAACGGCGCAUAUCGACACCCUCCAAUUCCAAAGCGGAAAUUCUUGGGAGAUUAAAAGCGAACUAAAAACCAGCCAAUCCUCCGUAUCGUUCAUUUCAUAGCAGGCAGAAUAGCAACAAAAGCGAGAGAGAGUUGUGUCAAAUUCCUCCCGUCCCGUCAAAUGGCGUCGACUUCAAGGCAUGUUUCGGUCGUCUUCCUCCUUCUCGCCGUCCUGAUCGGGUUCCUCUCCGCCUCCGUCUCCGCCGGAAGGCCCUGUAAGACUCUCUUCAUCUCCUCCUACACCGUCUCCCUCAAGCCUCUCCACUCCUUCCGCUACCCUAACCCUAAUUUCGGCCGUCGCUCGGCGGGAUUCGUGGCAAUCGUCACCGAAAUCGGCCACCAGAGCUCCUCGGAGUCCUCGUCCAACAUGAUCAGCGACCGCGCCGUCUUCCCUGGCCUCGAAUUCGGGAAUCACGUCAGCCACCGGCGGGAGCGGCAGCAAGAGGAUCAGCUGGGCUUCGCCCGUCUCCUCCCCUUCGGGCUUUCAUCCCACGAAAUCAGCUCCCUCCGAGACCGUACUAAGGAUAUCCUAAGCGUGGUUGUGGCUCUGCUCUUUGGCGUGGGCUGUGGAGCUCUCACUGCGGCCACCAUGUACCUGGUCUGGUCGCUCUUUGCCGUCCGCUCUGCUGCCUACUACGACGAAUUGUACGACGAUGAUGAGGAAGAGGAAGAAGAUGGGUCGCCUAAGAAGAUGGGUUAUGUUAAAAUCCCCGAAGCUGAGAAAGUGGCUGCCCCUGCUAAAGCUGUGGUAUGAUUAUGAAGAAACAACAACAACAACAACAACAACGGGGGUGUUUCUGUUUCCCAUAUGUUUCAAGUAAUUUGCAGUCUUGCUAGAAUGAUCUUCGAGCGUAUUUCUGUUUCCCAUCAGCUUUUAUAUAUUAUAUGUUAAAAUCUAUCUAUGCCUUGUCACUAAUGUUUUCUAUCAGCCAUUCUCUCUGUUGCUGCUGCUGAUAGAUAGAAAGAUGGAACCUACUUGUGACAUUUACUGCCAUUGUCAUGAAUGUUAAUUUCUGUUUGUUUUGCUGAUCUGUUACUCUGAAUCUGAUUCCCCAUUUUGUCUAGCUUCCUCUUGGACUGAGGCCUUUAGAUUGAGUGAGUUAGCAUGGUUGCAGUGGUUAUCAUUUCAGUCUCCGGUAAUUUGAUUUCUCUGUAGAGCAUGUAUGGGAUCGGAAUGAGUAUUGGGCUGAUGCGCAUUGGUAAGAAUGUUUUGCAUUUCUUUCUUCCCUCAAGAUGGCUUGGCUUGACUUGACUUGACUUGACUUGAGUUCAGGGACUCUUCAAAUGUGUAUGGUGAAUGUGUUUUUCUUUGUUCAAAUUGUGAACGUUUAACUUGUGUUAAUUUUGAUUGAGUGAGGUAGUUGAUUCGAGGAGUUCUUCUGUCUGUUAUCCAGAAAUAAGCAUUAGGAGGAAGAUAGAUUUGGCCCCCCCUGGCUGUGAGCGAGCGGGCAUCUGGAUUUUGCUUGCGUACAAGGAUCAUCGUGCCCUGCAAGAACGGCCACAGCCUUGUUGUCGUGUUUUACUGUCUGUCAUUUCUUUGAUCUUGUUCACAGUUUUUGCAGAAUGAAUGAAUGGAUCAUUGUCUUGCUUAUUCGUUGGCAGCUAAACUUGUAUCUUGCUUGCUAUAUUGUGGCCUGCAUUUGUAGUCGUAAGUGCAAACGGCAGAUUCGUCUGCUUCUAAGAUCCCAACAACGAACGGCUUCAGGAGGACAAUAGAAUUUGUAGCUGUUAAAAGACGAACUACUGGAAGCUUUGAUUAGAAUUGACUUUCUAUACAAGGAAGCAACCAUCCGAGAAACCACUUUCUAUGAAUACAUUUUUUACUUACAUGCAUUUUUUAUAAGUUUUAAGAAAUCACUUUCUCUCUCACCAUCACAUUUUUCUCUACCCCUUUCACUCUUCAUUUUAUACCCAGCAGUGCAGAGUUAAUGGUUGCCCCUCACAGACCGUGAACUUUGCAGCAAAAAUGUGAUGCAGACCGAAUGUGCACCGUUUCACAAACGCAUUUCAGGGUCUUGUUGAAUUCUUCACCCCCUGAGAACAUGAAGUCUGCAGCUCCCCGCGAGAUGUUCUAGUCCUCCUGGAAUCUUGCGAUGUUCACGGUUUUGAUGUGAUCUUCAUGCGCUGGGACUAUGAAGAACUGCUUUGAACCGUGAUCUUUAACUGCUUUCACCAUUUGGUCCUGCUUAAACUACUUUUUGUCCGAUUUUCGAUCUUUUCGCCAAUUUUAUCAGUUAGAGCCUAAAAUACAUUCAAGCAUAAUAAAUAAAAACUAGCGUAAAAUGGCUCCAAUAACGACCUACACAAGUAAACGGCAAAAAAAAAAGGUAUAAAUGUGCAUAAAUUUACUCAAAUCACGCUCACUACUAUACCAAUUCGAUCGAUUUGUUAUGACAACAUUACAUUGGUUGUGAGUGUGAUUGGUGCACUAUUGUUAGCUCGUGCUUAACAAUUUGGUUGUUCAACCGAAAACCAAGGUUGUCAAACCGGUUUAAGUCAUUGAGCCGGUCAAGCAAGGGGUUUGAGGUUUAAUGGUCUGAUCGGGGUCCGGCCGGUUUGAGCCGUUUUAGACGUUUUCUAAAUAUAUAUACAAAUAAAGUAGUAAUUAAAAAUUUAAUGAGUG